AUGCACUUUGAAUACAGCUCUCAGCAGUGUACAACAGACAGUCUUCCACCAAAUACAGUUAGAGAAGCAAAUGAUCUAUUACAACUAGCAAUUUUAAAUGGAAGUUGUGCACAUGGAGAACAAUGCAUUGGUGGAACGGUUUGUGAUCCUGUUCAACAACGAUGUUUAUGCCCUUAUGGAACUGUUGUUUUGUUGGAAAAUCUAUUCUGUGCAAAAUUGAUUCCACCAGUGGGCACUACCCUUCAGCAACAAUUUUCUUAUGGUGGUCAAUACUAUUCUUCACAAGUUCCAUUAUCUUCCCAAGGAACAUCAACAUCGUCUCCUCUUAAUUCUUUAGUCCCAAUCGGUUCAUAUUGUGAUCAAGAAGGAACAUGUGAUGGAGGUUCUACAUGCAUUAAUUCUGUUUGUGUCUGUCCUGCAAAAACAAAAAAUAAUGGAAAUAAUUGUACAACUUCAUUAUCAAAUUUUUCAAAUAUUCCUUCUUCAACUUCUGGACAGCAACAAUUAACAAAGGAAUUGUUUGGUCAAAAAACAUUUUUUAGAGGUUUUUUUUGUCUUAAUUUUUGUUAA